AUGGCUUCGUCGGAGAUGGGACCGGAUAUGACUACGCGGCACGCAUGCCACUGUGGCAAAAGCUUCAUUCGCAAGGAACAUCUAAUCCGGCAUCAAGCCACCCACAACACACCGGCAUACGUUUGUAAUGUAUGCCAACGGCAGUUUAGUCGCAGAGAUCUACUUCGUCGUCAUUCAGAUUUACAUGAAGCAAGCUAUCAACGCAACGCCGUCUCUUGCGAUGCAUGCCGUGUUAACAAAACCAAAUGCUCGGGAGGCAACCCGUGCUCUCUAUGUAAUCGACGAGGUAUAGAAUGUAUCUACCGACCGCUCCUCCGUCAACCAAAACGGGCUCCUCAGGCAGCUGCGAUUGCUUCCGUUGGCGAGAAUGUUGAUCAUCAUGAUCAGUAUCAUGGUGUCAAUGCCGGCCAGGGUACUAGUGACGAUGAUGAUGAUGAUGAUGAUGAUGAUGAUGAUGAUGAAACAACACUUCCUAAACGCUCGAAGCCGGAGAAUUCCUUGGAGCUUCUGCAAAGAAACGUCAAAUUCCUCCAAAACCUCAACAUCGUCCCAUCCCAGCCGACCACAACAAGUUCCUCUCUUUCAAGCCCAGGAAUGGGAGGUAUAUAUGAAUUAUUGGUUGCUGGAAAAGUUUUAUUGGAAUCGGCUGUACGCGAGUGUAGUGAAUCAAAAGCCCGGGUCAGCAGGUACAUCGAUACCUAUAUCAAGAACUUCCAUCUCCGGUGGCCUAUCCUUCACGCUCCGACCCUUCACAAUGAAAUAGGGACUAUGCCAUUGCCCCUUGCUGCUGCUGCGUGUCUUAUUGGAGCGUGGUUUCAGAAUAGUGCAGAUUGGACCGAGAGGUUCUAUGCCCUACGAGUGCAUGAGCUACUCCUCGAGCGCUCGCUUCAUAGUCUGAUUGAUCUGGAGUUGACGUCCGAAGAAAAGGCAUGGCCAAUUGAGUUUUUCCAGGCAGUCCUCUUGACUCUGGUUUUCUCACUCCAUCGAACCGAUAAAAGUGCCUUGUCCAGAGCCAUGCUUCUACGAAGCACAUUCAUGACCAUUCUCCGAGAACUCGGAGUCCUCGAUGACGACAAAUUAGCCGUUCACCUAAAGACCUAUUAUAGCGGCACAUACGCUCCGUAUACAUUAGUCAUGCGCGAAAGAUUCAAGCGCUUGCUUGUUUUCGUCUAUCAAUUCGAUGCAUAUUUUGCUCUUAUCCAUGGAACACCGCCAUUACUCCACCUUCAAGAAGUUAGUAUAGGUCUUCCGAGCACCUUUGCGCUCUGGAAUGCCUAUGGACUUGAUGUAUUCGCUCUACGGGAGCUGGAGCAACUGCCUGAGCGUUCAGCAGUCCGGGUAUCUGAAAUACCAAACUGCGCAGAUUCAAUUACAUCCUCGGGACUUCUUGUGGAAGACGUGCAUCUCGGCCUAUGCAGCCUUUUGCAGUCGAUAUGGGUUCUUUCACAGACUCCCAACAAAAAAGAAAGUCCUAGUCAUACUUUUCAGCAGUCGCUGCUCAUCCAAACACUCGAUCAAUGGAAACAGGCGCUGGAUAAGAUCAACGAGUUAACUGGCCCCGGGAACUUUACGGGAAAUGCUGCGAGAUAUCUAUUUCUGGCUUAUCGUGGAGAGGACGACUCCAUUGCGGCGUCACUGGAACGGAUAACUGCCCUUUUACAAGACGCGAUGAUUCUUUACUAUUACAUGAAAAUGACGCACUAUGUCGUCGACGUUGUUGGGCCGCGGAAGCAAGUUGACUCGCAAACAGAGCUCUGGCAGACCUCCAAAGAUAGGAAAGAAGCUCUCGUCUGUGCGGUGCAGGUGCUUAAGAUAGUGGAGUCGAAGAAAACCUUCAAUCCACUUGUUCGGCAUGCGCUUGCUACGGGUGUUGACGUAAUGAUAGUCUUGCUUUCAGGGCAGAAAUGUCAUCUCAGCGGCAAGCACGCUGUUAAUAAUACCUCCCAGCACUGGUCUGAUAUUGGCGGCUCUUUCUGGAUUGACGGCACACCUGUAUGUGUCUGCAAGUUGGUGUUUUGGGUUGGAAGGUUUGAGAAGGCUAUUGAGGAUCAGAUGAUCAUGGUGGAAUGGUGUCCUGAGAGCAUCAAAACAGACAUGAAGGGGUCUGUAGAUAUGCCACUAGGAUCAACGUUGAAAAACCAGCCGAUGUGA